AAUUGAUGGCGCAGUCCUACAUUCCGCUCGACCUGCGCUUCGAGGCCUGAACUCCAGCCAACCCAGUUUCAGAUGAAACACACGAAGAGUCAGUACUCUUCCACAAUACGGGCAGACGGCUUGCAGACGGUCAAGGAUUUAAACUAUCAAGACCCUUACGUCUCGAUAGUUCUACUCCUUUGAUUCCAUUCCACAUGCCGGUUAUCUUCUAUAGUGAUGUUUCGCUCGGUGAUUUGCCAGUCGACUUCAGGACUCUCUUCUCAGGAGCCGAUGGCUUUCACGUAGACUCGGGAAUCCCGAAGCCAAAUUGGCACUGCCCAGUGUCACAACAGGAACCCGAAUAGUUGGUGACAGGACGACUACGGGACGGCUGCAGCGAGAUACCAAUGGACUGGAGAAGGAUAUUUAUCGAUAAUAGUUCCACUCAAACCUGGGACCGUUUACAAAACUGUAGCAUAGAUCAGCUUGGCUUCAAGGAUUUGGCGUAUGCUGCAUUCUCCUUGAAUCUCUGCUACCAAUCGCUCCUGGUGUCCGCGUUGAGUUGUUUUGUCGCCCUAAUUCUCGGAAUACAAAGCUCUUUCGACAGUGGGCGGGAAAGAAAGAAAAUUGGUUUCUCGUGGUCGGCUCUAUGCCUGAGUCGCGCGCUUCUGAUACUAUACGGCCUACUGCUCCUGCUCACCUUGUGGAAAUGGUGGCGAACAAGCUGGAACUUCUUCCCGAUUCACGAGAUUGUGUUCUAUGGAAGUCAAGUCCUGUUCUGGACAGUCUUUCCGAUUUCCAUCCAGAAAACACCACACUUCCUCGUGUCCACCCAGCUGAGCCUGUGGUGGGUGGUUCUCGCCGUCCUCACGUCUCUGGAAUUGGCAGCCGGGCUCGUCAAGGGAUCCCUCGACGAAUUCAGCUACAGCUUCGACGUUGCGCUGCUCUGCGUGCCAUUGGUUUCAUCUCUAUACUUCUGCGUCAAAUCGUUCACUUACAGACAUUCCCGCUGCGAGGCGACGGAGGUGGAAAAGCCGCUGUUGGACGAUGAAGCGGGCGCUGAGGAUUCGGCGGCACCUCAACAGCAGCACCAAACCGGUGGGAUCACUCGCGCUGGAUUGUUCAGCCGACUGACGUUCACGUGGCUCAAUGCUCUGCUCACCGCAGGGAGCCAGAAGCCACUGGACCUGCGCGAUCUCCCGGCGUUGGAUCGCGCAGACGAGUGCGAGGUCAACUGGGAAGCAUUCCGCAGGGCCUGGGAGGCCGAGAGGGCGGAGGCGCAGCUGCCAUCGCUCGGGCGGGCGUUGUGGACGACGUUCCGCGGGCCCUUCUGCUGCAGCGUGCUGCUCUCGCUGCUGUGGUCGGGCGCGCUGUUCUCGGGCCCAGUGCUGCAGAAUCUGCUGAUCGACUUCAUGUACGACGACGAGCGCUCGGUGCGGCGGGGGCUGGCGCUGGUGGGCAGCCUGUUCGCGGGCAAGCUCGUCGAGGCCUUGAGCAAGCAGCAGUUCAACUUCCAGGCGCGGCGACUGGGCCUGCGCAUGUGGGCCGCGGUGGGCAGCGCCGUGUACCGCAAGACGCUGCGCCUGUCGCAGCAGGCGCGGCAGGAGCGGAGCGUGGGCGAAAUCUCCAACAUGCUCUCGUCGGAUGUGCAGCGCCUGCUGGAAGUCGUCUGGUACUUGGGCCAGGGCAUCGCCGUUCCCUUCCAACUGACCGUGGCCGUGACGGUUCUGUUCUACGUGGUGGGCGUCUCCACGCUGGCCGGGCUGGCGGUCAUCGCGGUGGUGCUCGCGCUGAACAUGGCGGCGAUUCGCCAGAUGCGGCGCCAGCGAGUCGGAAUGCUCCGAGCCAAGGACCGGCGGAUGCAGGUGACGGCCGAGUGCUUGGGCAACAUGAAGCUGGUCAAGCUGCAAGCGUGGGACGCCAUGUUCCGCGACCGAAUCACGCGCGCUCGCGAGGUCGAGAAGUCCCGGCUGCAGAACUUUUCGUACCUCGUCGCGCUGGGCGUCUUCUUGACGUGGACAGGCCCCUUGGCCGUGUCAGCCGCGAUCUUCCUCGUCAUGGUGUUGCUCGGGCAGCCGCUGACCACGGCCAAGGUGUUCACGGCGCUCACCACCAUCCGUAUCCUCCAGGAGCCCGUUCGGUUCAUGCCGGACGUCUUCUCCAACGUCCUGCAGGCCGUCGUCUCGCUGCAGCGCAUUCGCGUCUUUCUGUGCGAGGACGAAAUCGACGACGACGCCGUGGACGUCGUCCCGGCCGACCACGCAGCGGCCCUGGCCAUGGACGGAGCGUCGUUCGUCUGGGGUCAUCGCGACUCGCAGUCGCUCCCCGGCGCUCGUCGCGCAUGUCCUCCGGCCAUCAGCAACCUCUGCCUCACGAUCAGAACCGGCGACUGCGUAGCCGUCUGUGGCGCUGUGGGCUCUGGGAAGUCCACUUUGCUCUACAGCAUGCUGGGCGAGCUACCUCGAACGGCUGGCGUGGCAAGACGCUUCGGUCGAUGUGCGUACGUCUCGCAAACGGCGUGGAUCCAGAACAGCAGCGUCCGGGAGAACAUCGUCUUCGGGCGGGAUUUCGAUUCGGAGCGUUAUGGGGAAGCCUUACGGGUGUCGGGACUGGAACCAGACCUCGCACAGCUGCCGCACGGCGACGCCACAGAGAUCGGGGAGAAAGGGAUCAACUUGAGUGGCGGCCAGAAGCAGAGAAUUCAGCUGGCUCGUGCUGUCUAUGAAGACGCCGACCUGUAUUUUCUGGAUGAUCCAUUGAGUGCAGUGGAUGCCCACACCGGCGCAUUCCUCUUUCGCGAAUGCAUCCUAGGCGCGCUGAAAAGAAAAACCGUGAUCAUCGUCACGCACCAAGUCGAGUUUCUACCAUCGACCGACUUGAUUAUCGUGAUGAAAGACGGCGAAAUCGUGCAGAGAGGAUCGUACCACGAGCUCGUGGAAGACGGGAAGUAUUUCUCCACGUUCGUCGAGGCGUUACGAGACUCCUUAGCUUCUGUGACGCAUGCCGACAUCAGCGGAACCCAAGAUGAAUCUGAACCUGACGCGGGGAAAGUCUUAAACCCAGAAAGCAAGUCUAGCCCUCGCGAGGAGAUGGCCACCAGCACUCACGGCAGCAAACUGAUCCAGGACGAGGAAAGGGCACGAGGGCGCAUCCGUAGCGAGUUGAUUUGGAUGUUUGUGACGAAAAUUUACUACGGAGCUGUGUUCUGGCUGGUGCUCGUGCUUCAGGCGGCGUCCGCCGUAUGUCAACUGGCCAGUGACAUUUGGUUGGCUUGGGGCAUCGCGCAUGGCAUGGGUACAAGCCUGUCCUUGGUUAAGAUGUACGUGUUACUUGUGGUUUCCUGUGCAGCAGCCGUCAUCUUCCGCGCAUGUCUGACAGUGCAGACCGGCGUAUGGACUGCCCAAGCUUUCUUCACCGAAAUGUUGGACAGCAUAAUAAAAGCUCCUAUGUCCUUCAUCGACUCUACUCCCCUAGGCCGGAUUUUGAGCAGGUCCUCGACGGAUCAGACUGUACUCGACUUCGAACUUCCCGCGAGGCUCUCCCAAGCCACCAACAGCACGAUCCUUGCAGUGAUCUUGCUUGGUCUCACGAUUUUCGUAACUCCACAGAUUGGUGGGAUAAUUUUGCUUCUUGUGUGGGUAUUCGUCAAGUUCCAGGUCUACUACAUCGCAUCUGCAAGAGAGCUUUCCAGGUUAAGCGCCAUCAAUGAAGCACCCGUUUUUCUGCAUCUGAAUGAAACAAUUUCUGGAGCAGUUUCCAUCCGAGCAUUUCAAGUUCAGAGUAGAUUCAAGAGAACAAACUCAAAACUCGUCUGUAACUAUCAGCUAGCCUACUUUCACAACCUGACUGCCACUUCGUGGCUUGGUUUCCGCCUUCAAUUUAUCGGUGCAUUAGUUCUCUGUUGCACGGCUUUGGCGAUCAUUUUCCUGCCCAAAGAAUCUGUUUCGCCAGGGAUGGCAGCAAUUGCGAUAUCUUACGGACUCAGCUUCAGCAAUAUAUUGCAAGGGGUGGUCAGUGCUUACAGCAGUGUUGAAAACAACAUGGUCGCUCUCGAGCGGAUAAGUCAGUAUUCAAAGAUCAAGAGUGAAGCCCCGGCCAUUAUUCCUGCCAGACGACCACCACGAAACUGGCCAAAUGCAGGCCACAUCGAGCUGCAAAACCUUCAAAUUCGAUAUCGGCCAGAUAUGCCAUUGGUCCUUAAGGGUGUCUCGUGCGUGAUUCGAGCCAGGGAGAAAGUCGGCGUGGUCGGACGCACAGGAAGUGGCAAAUCAACUCUAGUCCAGGCGUUGUUCCGCCUAGUCGAACCGGCUGGUGGACGCAUUGUGAUCGAUGGUGUCGACACUACAACUAUUGGACUGUAUGACCUGCGGUCCCGAUUGAGCGUCAUUCCUCAAGAGCCCAUGCUUUUUGAAGGAACCAUUCGAAGCAACUUAGAUCCCUUCGACUCGUACACCGACCAGCAGCUAUGGGAGGCCUUGGAAAAAUGCGCGCUUGCCACGGCCGUCCGAGCGAAGCCCGAUACACUCAAUGCAUCAGUGUCCGAACAAGGAGAGAACUGGAGUUCGGGAGAACGGCAGCUCUUGUGCUUAGGCCGUGUCCUGCUGAAGAACGCACGCAUUCUUGUCCUGGACGAGGCAACGGCUUCCGUGGACAUUAGCACCGAUGCCAUCAUUCGAACCACCAUUCAACAGAACUUUGCGGACUGUACUAUAAUCAGUGUUGCGCAUCGCAUUCCGACCGUCAUUACUUCCGACCGAGUUCUCGUGGUGGAUGACGGGUACAUGGUGGAAAACGACUCGCCGGAAAUGCUUCUAGCGAGGGAAAAUUCUCUGUUCGCUAAGCUUGUACAGGAAUACAGAUCAAGAAAGUACGUCUUUUAAUGCUGCUGAAAUUUGAGAGUCAGACAACGUCGCACCGACGCCCGAGCCUUGUACAGCAUGAGUAUCUGACCCAACCCAACUUCAGCCGUCCGUUCCCCCUUGCGACGCCUGGUCUGUGGAGGUCACCGUGAGGAGGAAUUGUCAUAAACUUAGAGCUCAGAUACAGGGUAUCGGUGAUAAGCAUAGAUAGGCAAUGCUCGAGGUCCUGAAGGUAGCCUGGCAAGCGCACCUUCAUGGAGAUCAAUGUAAUCGCCCAUUUCAUUGACUGUGUGGCAUCCCAAGCAAUUAAAAGGAAUCGUUCUGCACGU